AUGCGGCCAUUGCUCACCGUCCUGGUUCUCGCCGCGCCCAGCCUCGCCGCUCCUUACCGCGGCCAACCCACCGUCCCAGGAGGACACCUGCAAGAAAUCGAGCAAGCGACUGCUCUUCCGACAAGCACCGCCCCAACGGCGAUCCCAACCGCCAUCGUCGUGCCUCUGCCGGGCUUCAACCAAGUCGCGCAGAACAAGACGCAGCAGCAGGCCGCAGUUACUACCGGAACUGCCUACAAGAGCCCCGACAGCAAUGCUGCCUUUGGAGGCACGUGCGUGCAGGUCACGCUCGGCGGCCACGGCAAGAUUGGCAUGACGACGCUGGAGGCGCGAUGCGUUGACGAUGCGGGCAUGUGGUGGGACACGAGCCUGGACUUGAACUCGUGCAUUGGCAAUGUUGGGGGGCAUCUGGUGUAUGAGGCACGUGGUGCGUUUGAUGCUACUUGCCGGCCAUGCACGCUGGAUAUCAUCCACGAGACUGGAAAUGUACUCCUCAAGUGCAAUUGCCUGGAUGAAGCGAGAUUUCCUCGGUACACUUCUUUGGAGAUGGGGCCUAGCGUUUCGAAUCUAUUCGCAGUCAGGCCGGUGAAUGGGCAACUUGUUUGCGGCAACCACGGGGGCAUGCAGAGUCCGACCUAUUUUAUUUAA